GUAGAAGGAAGUGCUGCUCUAGCUUUCUGUUUGUGUGGCGGGGAGAGAGCAGUGGACGUAGGCUUUUUUUGCACUUUCCGAUAAAUUCACGCUCUUUCGAUUUUUGCUGGAAUUAUAUUUGUCAGACAAACGGGAUUUGUUUUGUAAAUGACAAUCAUGUGACGCACAGAUUUAUGCUGCUGUCCAGUUGUAACUACAAACCCAUCCGGAAGACUGGGGAUUUGAGUCGCUUCGAUUAGACUGGGGACAACUGGAAAGCAAAUGUCGAGGGUUGACUAUUUUAGUUUUCUUUACAAAUCGCGAAAAAUUCCGUCAAUUGAAACUGUUAUUGAAUAGUAUUGCAUUCAUUUGAUUGGUCGACCGACGAGCUAGAUUUAUCUGGCGGACUAUUGAUGUUCUCAAUUGUAGCCUAACAUUCAACUUGUUACAUUGUACAUCUCAUAUAGUUACAGUAGUAUGAAACAGAGGCGCCGAAACUCGGGAUUUCUGCUAAGGUAGAACCUCUGGAGUCUACUGUAAACAGUUCAAUAGAACAUAAUUGAUGGACAUAGUUAUUUCUGCUUUACAUCCGGUUUGAAAGAAGGAACUUUUUUUCUAUGGCAGGAACACAUAAUUCUGUCCCCUUCAUUGGUUAUUGAUCCAAUAGUUGACUGUCAAUAAGCAUACGAAGGCACUGGUCUAUUCACAUUCUCUGACUAGGCUGCACCACAUUAUUGAAAGGCAAGUGCAGCUCACUAGAACUUUGCACAGCCCCUUUGGGACUUCCCAUGAUUUGCUGUGUGCCCUGGUAGACUAGAUAACCGAUAGAGAACAUGGAAGAUGAGAUGUUUGAGCAGCUCAUGUAUGUCCUGAACCAACUGGUGACAUGGAUCGCUGCGGGGGCUAUGGUGUUUGGUGGAGUGGUGCCUUACAUCCCCCAGUACAGGGACAUCAGACGGACACAGAAUGCAGAGGGAUUCUCCACCUAUGUCUGCCUCGUCCUACUGGUGGCCAACAUUCUACGUAUACUGUUCAGGUUUGGGCGCUACUUUGAGACGCCACUCCUGUGGCAGAGCAUUGUGAUGAUAGCCACCAUGUUGAUCAUGCUCAACCUGUGUACCAACGUCCGCGUAGCCACCGAACUCCAGACUAAGCGACGUUCAUUCACAGACUUUGACUGGAGCCACUUCUGGUCGUGGAGUCGUUUCGUGGACUACCUGCAGUGUGUGGUGGCAUUCACCCUGCUGGCGGCAUACGUCACCUACCUGCUGCUGGACUCGUCUGUGUUCGUAGAGAGCCUGGGCUUCCUGGCUGUCUUCACGGAGGCCAUGCUGGGUACGCCGCAGCUCUACUGUAACUACCAGAACAAGAGUACUGAGGGGAUGAGUAUAAAAAUGGUGAUGAUGUGGACGAGUGGGGACACCUUUAAGACGGGUUACUUCCUGCUGACCGAGGCUCCUGUCCAGUUCUGGACCUGUGGUCUGCUGCAGGUGGGAGUGGACAUUGCCAUUCUAUUCCAGGUCUACUACUACAGCCGCUACCCGCAGAAACCCGUCUCACACACCGUGUCACACACAACCAGCACCAAGGCACUCUGAGACCCCCUAACACACACACACACACAUCGUUACCAUUCGGUCAUGAGCACACAAACUAGUUAGUUGCUUUGCCUGAAGAAUUUUGCUGAAUGACACUUGUUACAUUUCUUUUCAAAACGGAUAGGACCUCCAGUCAUAUGUAUGUAUUUGUAUGUUGUGCAAAUGGUUAUACAAAUAUAUUCCUAAGAAUAUAUCCCUAUAUAUGAAUAUACCUGAGCAUACACACAGAAUCUUAUGCACAUGCAUCAAUCUACAUUACCAGUCAUAUGCACUGUGUAUGGACGGACACUCAAGGAAGUGUGGACCAGCUUUCCUGUCCAUAGAUCUGAUGAUUGUUGCAUGGAAAAACCCUAAAAGACUUUCACAAAGGGCUGGUUACUCAGCCAGUGAUCACAAUGUCCAACCGAUCAUCAGAGUAACUAACAGAAACCUUACUGAAUGUACAAUGGAGUUAUUAUUUUGGGGGGGAAAUUAGAUUCUACAUUUAAUUUAGAUAGCUCUUUGUUCUAAGUUCUCCACGGGUCUGGUCUGUCUGAUCACUUAGGCCUCUUCUGGUCUGGUUGGAAGACCUCUGACUGCUGCUGCUGCUUGUUGGAAAAUUCACAAGAUUAAUUCAACUGGAAGCAACAGCAGUUUUACCAAAAAAUGAAAAAGGCUAUCUGGGCCAGAGGCCUGGUUCCUGGGAGCCCAACACGUUUCCUUCAGAUGACUCUGAGGUAAAGCUUAAGGACUCAGUGGUUCAGUGGACCACUGUGUUGCUGGUAUUACGGACAGUAAGGGAGUCAGUGGAGAGAGGGAGGUAGGACAUUGUGUGAAACAAAUAUUAUGUUUAUGUUACUGUUUUCACUUAAAGGAGUAGCAGCCAUGUUUGUAGGCCAGGGAACUGGAAGGACUUUCUAUGUUCUGUGUUUUUUAUGGUUAAUGAAAACUACAACAACGCAUCGGGAAGUACAACGCUCCUGUCUUUAGCACUGUUUAUACCUGAUUCUAACAUCCUUUCUCCUGUCCACAUUCUGAUGGUGCCCGCAUUUUCAGACAGGUGUAGACAAUUUAAAGACACAUAUGUACCAUGUGUAGACAUAUUUCUGGAAAUAUGGGCACAAUCAGAAUGUGGACAAGAUCAGGACAAAGGUCGCGUGUUAGCGCCAGGUAUAAACAAGGCUUCUGAGGACCUAGUGACCGUCUGUUUGCUGGUCUAUGAACAACUCAUCUCCCUGCUCCUCUCAGCCUCAAGCACCCCUAGAAACCUUUUAUUUGUUUAAAUAGGACCUUCAGAGUUUUAUAUGAAUAUUUCUUUCUUCAGCUUUCUUCAAAUGUUUUAGAUGUGUGCUUUUGGUGGAGACAAAUCUUAUCCUGCCGAGGGCUGGUGUGGGUGCAGGGUUUUGUUCUUGCCAAGUAGUAGGCAUGUCCAGACUCAACCUCUUGGAGUGUUUGACCACAUGGUAAGUUGAAUCUCUCUGGGCGUAACCAAGACGAUACCAGCACUACAGCUGUUAUAUUCACUUGUGAACUGCUUGCUAAAACGUAGUUGGUGGUUGCGUCCAAAAUGGCGUCCUAUUCCCUGUUUAUUACACUACUUUUGACCAAGUAGUGCACUCUAUAGGGAAUAGGGUGCCAUUUCAGACGCAGGUAUAUUUUUUUACGCUGGAUACUCUGGGAAACGUUAUUUUAAUCACUGGCGAUGCGGAAUAUUUGUUUUGUUAUGCUAUCCAUGUUUUUCUAAUCCUGAAACGCUUGUAUAAUCACAAACCUUGUUCAAUUGCCCUUUAUCAAGCUCUUUUUUUACAAUGAUGAGGAGGACGGUGACGCAUGUCAAAUGGUGACCGUUGUUGUCAUUGUAGGAAGAAGUUGUGCAUCUAGUAAACUCUGGUUGUGUAGCAUCAACCGGGCCAAAAUGACUCACUGUUUCUGAUGUGAAGUUGUAUUCUUUUGGUGGUGGUUCAGUUUUAGUUGUUCAUGGGUAAAACUGCAAAACUAUUCCUCUGUUCAUGUAGAUGCUGAUCAAACAAUGCCAAUCCUUGUGAUUUUUUUAAAUAUUUGUUUUUACAUAGAUUGAAUCCUGACCUAAAACUAAGUUGCGUUAUCGAACACUGGACUGGACUGGACUGGACUGGACUAGACUGCCGACAAUGCCCCUUUUUUAAAGGCAAUUUACACCUAAACAGACUUUCGCACAGUGUCCCAUACCAUGAAUUCUGUCUCCGCAAACUCUGGGGAAAUUGACUUUAAAAAGUGAAUUGUCGGCUGUCCAGUGCACUGCUCUAUAAGGCGCCUUGGACUGAAUCACAGCCUCAGUUUAUGUACCCCCAAUUUUCUUUUAUAGUUAUCAUUUGUGUUAUACAUUUUUUGGCCAUUUUUAUAUUUGAUGACCUUUUUAUUACCACAUUGUGUCUUUUGUUGUGUUUCUACACAGUACAUCACCACAUUUCUUUCCAUGGAAUGGCCAGUUCUUUCUAUAGAAUUGCCAGUUCAUCGUCAAUAGACAAUUUAAAUCAACCUCUGUCUGAUAGGCUGUUACUUGUUGCCAGUAUUCAUGAAAGCUCUGUGGCGCUGUCAUUAAAGACCAAAAUGAGAA